CGUGCUACUUCAGCGCAUGAGCUUUGGGAAGCUAAUGUUCGCCGGCUCCUUAAUGGAGCGAAAGAGCGUCGCUGCUGCUCGGUGUGCAGUGAAUGGAACAGCGGCUGUUUGUUAUGUGACCAUUGCGGAAUAAUUCGUCGCGUGAAAAACAACGCUGAAUUUUUUGUGCAUUCUUGCUGCUGGUAUUAUUUUUUUUCUGCAGAACCACGUGCUUUACCAUCCGGAACCUUGGAUGAGCGCUGAAACUAUUUCGACUAUUCUGCACUAAGAUAUAGCUGAAGCGUUUGUGGAUUUGUCGUGGACUGUGCUUUCCUUUCCCGUGCGUUUAAGACAAACCAGUUCUUGGAAUUCCAGCUCUGCAAACGACAGUUUUGGAAACUACGGAUUAGAACGCCAAAUCUGUGGUGCGCAAUUGUGAAACACAAGCUUAUUUGUUGUGUUUGUGUCCGCUCGUGUGGUUCCUUGUGCACCAGAGGAUGAUGUCUUACGGAUACACAUCUAAAGAACAAGUACCCAAGACACAGCGCUUUCUCUUCACCGCAGGUCGCCCAAGGCGACCGAAAUCGGUGGUGAUGGAAGGGACGCAGACGAGAGGGCGCUGCCGCCUGAAAGAAGUUCUGCACACGCCAACAUUCUCGCCGCACCACAAGGCCCCGGACAAGCCUGGACACGCUCGGUGUUGGAAGAUCGUCACCGUUAUACUUGCCUUCCUGGCCACAUCGCCUUGCGCUUACGCGAAGCCGCCGUCCAUGGGAGACACGGGCUCCACACCGUCCCUUCGCGGUCCUCGGUUCACUCUAGAACCACCGCAUCGGCUAGAGUUUUCAAACGCCAGCGGUGGAGAGAUCCGUUGCGAAGCCCACGGAGAGCCACCACCGCAGGUCGUGUGGGCCACCGCUGACGCCGUUCCCGUCGUCCUCGUUCCCGGCGUCCGCCUCAUCGCCGAGGACGGCGCCCUCGUGUUCCCUCCUUUUGCCGCGGAAGCUUACAGACAGGACGUACACGCAGCCUCUUACCACUGCAUCGCCUCCAACGAAAUCGGCACCGUGGCCAGCACGGACGUCCACGUGAGCGCUGUUGUGGACUACCACUACGAGCCACGCGUGCAGGAUGCCUUCGUGAUCCGGGGAAAUACAGCCGUGCUCAAGUGUUACGUGCCCUCCUACAUUCGCCAGCAUACGGUGGUUGACGCCUGGAUCCGGGAUGACGGCUUUACCAUCAACGCCUCGGGAAACAAAGAGGACCGCUACUCCCUUCUGGACAGUGGUGAAUUGCUGGUGCACAACACAACGGCAGCAGACUCCGAUCGCAGUUACCGUUGCCGAACGCGACAUCGCCUCACAGGACAUUUGGCUUCCAGCACUGUGGCAGGAAAAAUAUUUGUAUCUGAUGCCCAUGCUGUCACCCAAGUGAAAGUGACGCUCAGCCUUUCCGAUGUGUUAACGACAGUGGGAGCUCACGUCGACUUGCCUUGCGUGUCCCACGGAUAUCCACUUCCUCGCUACAUGUGGUACCACGAAGACCGUAGUGGCAGGCGUUUCGCCGUCGCCGAGUCUGACCGGCUGCAGUUUACCAACGGGGUUCUCAGCAUCCUCGGCGUCAACGUGCUGGACACUGGCCGAUACACCUGCGUCGCCAGGAACACCGCAGGGGAGCAGACGAUUCAAACCGUGCUGUCGGUUGCAGUUCCCCUGAGCGCACGGCUGGAGCCUGAACUGCAGACAGUGGCCAUCGGCUUGCCAGCUGAGUUUAACUGCACCGUGGACGGGCAGCCCAUCAACCGGGUCACGUGGCGAAAGGACGGCGCACCGCUGCUGCCUGACGGUCGCGUCGAGCUGCUUGCGGAGCACAGGCUCUUACGCAUCCGGACUGUGCGCCGAGAAGACGCCGGCAUGUACCAAUGCUUCGCUGCUAACGACCACGACUCUUGCCAGGCUGCAGCGAGGCUAAAGCUAGACGACAUGUCACCAGCCUUAGAAGAGACAUUCGCAUCGGUGACCGUAAAGCGAGGGGACGCGGUGUCGCUCCGGUGCCGUGCACGUGGCAGUCCAACUCCCGAGAUCAGCUGGGCCAUCGACGGCGACUUUCUGUACCCGUCGCAAAGACUCAAGAUCAACGCCGAGCGGGCCGCAUCUGACGUGGAAUCCGUGCUCAACAUCUCAGAUGCGAGACUGGAGGACAGCGGGGAGUACAGCUGUGUGGCGCGCAACGACAUUGCCACCGACGCUCACUCGGCGAGAGUGGACGUUGAAGGAGCGCCUUUCGUGCGACCCCUGCGUAACGUCACCGUGGUUUCCGGCACCCUGCUGACCCUACGUUGUCCUUACGGCGGCUAUCCCAUAGAGUCCCUCAUCUGGCGGAAAGCGGGCAUGGUGCUUCCUGUGAACUAUCGCCAGUCCGUGGACAAUAGAGGGCGCCUUCUGGUUCAACAGGCGCAGAAGUUUGGCGAUGAAGGCGAAUACACGUGUGCCAUCACGGGACAAUCACAGCUCGUCGCCAGCGGCUCGACCUACGUUUCCGUAGUCGUGGCUCCAACGAUCGAUGAGCACUUCUUUCCCGACGUAGUCAAAGUGGAGGAGGGCAGCCGGUCUCGUCUCAUGUGCUCCGUGUCCAAAGGCGACCCUCCGCUGCGCUUCCGCUGGUUGAAGAAUGGCCUCAGGAUCGGCUCUCAUGGCGAGCGAGUCAUCGAGACCACUGACGACUCGUCCAUCAUCAAGAUCGGCCGGGUUCGAUUUGCGGACCACGGCGAGUACACCUGUUUCGUCUCCAACGAUGCCUCUUCUGUCAACCGCAGCGUGGAGCUCGUCGUGCAUGUGAGUCCUCGCUGGAAAAUAGAGCCACAAAACGCGUCGGCCGUUUUAACGUCGACAGUCAUCCUGCAUUGUUCAGCGGACGGUCAUCCGCCACCCGUCGUGACGUGGAAGAAAGGUGAAAGAAGCUACCCGCGAAACUUCUCGUAUAUCCACUACAACUUUCGGAACCACCAGUUCAAUAACGGCAGCUUGCUUAUACGGGAAGUUGAAGAAGCGGAUGGAGGCUUCUAUUUGUGUGAGGCAGACAACGGCAUCGGAGCAGGCAUCAGCAGACUUGCCCACCUCAAAGUGAAAGUUCCACCCAAGUUCAAAGAAAAGCACCGCAGACUCCUGGUGAAGAAAGGUGAAAACCUGCAAGUCCACUGUCAAGCUGUCGGUGAUCCCCCGACUGUCUACAUUUGGGAAAAAAAUCAGAAGCCUAUCGACACGGAAAGGUACCACAUAAAAACUGGAGAAGGAUCCGGCGGAAAGACUUAUUCUGUGUUGGACAUGCAAGAACCAACACGCGACGAGUCGGGAGUGUAUUCCUGCAAAGCCAAAAACGACCACGGGGAAGAUACAAGCCAUAUCCAAGUGAUCGUUCAAGAGCCACCAGAUGCCCCAGUGGGACUGCAAGUGACCAACUACACAAGUCGCUCUGCAACAGUGCAGUGGCAAACUCCGUAUAAUGGCAACAGCCCCAUCACCCGAUACCUCCUUCACUACAAGCUCCUGAAAGACCCCUGGAAUGGACCCGUAUCCGUCUUAGUCAUCCUCGGUUCCGACACGCAAAGCACUGUCCGUGGGCUCCAACCAGUCACCGAGUAUGCUCUUCGGGUUUCCGCCGAAAAUGCCCUUGGACCAGGAGAACACAGCGAACAGGUGGUGGCCACCACCCUCGAAGAAGCUCCAUCUGGUGCACCGUUAUCACUCACCGUGCACACAACGGGUUCACAGUCUCUCAAGGUUUCAUGGAAGGCGCCGAAGAGGGAGCAGCAGCACGGCACCAUCUUGGGAUACCGCGUCGGUUACCGCGUUGCCCACAGUGACGACAGCUUCCAGUUCAAGCAGGUCGAGGCACGCGCUGUGGCCGCAUAUGCCGGAGUUUCCUCCGGGCGCAAGCAGGCCGAUGAGAGAGAUCUCCAUCAAAGAGAGCAAGAGUAUGUGGAGACAACGUACCUGACGAACCUGCACCGCCUCACCAAGUACGGCGUCGUGGUUCAGGCCUACAACGCAGCCGGCACGGGACCUGCUUCCGACGAGGUUAUUGCCACCACUCUUGAAUCAGCCCCGCCUACAUCGCCCAGCAUAAAGGCCCUUCCACUCUCAAACUCGUCUCUGCUGGUGCAGUGGGAAAGGGAGAAGAAAGACGAUUAUUCAGCGACGGAGUACGUGCUACACUAUGGCACCGAGCUCGGCGAGUGGAACAAGCUGUCCCUGAACUCGUCCAAGCAGUCGUUCGUUCUGGAUGGCCUCAAGUGCGGCACAACGUAUCGUCUCUACAUGACCGCCUCCAACAGCAUUGGCACUGGAGAGCCUGGGGCGGAAGUCAUCGUGCGCACAAACGGCGCAGCUCCAAUAUCUCCGCAAAGCGACAAAUUUGUCACCACGAACGCGACCAGUGCUGCGCUGCACCUGGCUUCUUGGAUGACCACCGGCUGCCCCAUCACAAGUUUUGCCGUCCAGUACCGGCCGAGGUUCCACAAGGCGUGGCUUCUGGCCGCCGACGCCCUGAGUGCGGGCACGCGUGUUUACGUCAUCACCGACCUCGCGCCUGGCCGACAGUACCAGGUGCGCGUGGUGGCACACAGUGACGCGGGUGCAACGCAGGCCGAUUUUCCCUUCCGUACGGCGACGCUGCCCGCCAGUGUGUCAACGCAGACUCCAACUGCAAUCAAGGACCAGUCGACGGUGCCAUUUCACCUGAAUGCUUCGAUGGUGGCUCCGCUAGCGGUGUGUGUGAUUUUAAUACCCGUUGCCGUCCUUCUCAUCCACAUCUACUUCAAGAGGCAUCGGUCACGCAGGAGCAGAGCCAGCGAACACGAGAGUCCCGACCCGGGCAAACAGUAUUUCCAAGACGCGGUGAUCCUGUCCGUCUUCAACCAGAAGGAACCGGCCCUCAAGAACAGUGUAGCAGGCUCCGCGUACUACGCUUCGAUGUCCAACAAGACACUGCCAUUAUCCAUAAAGAAUCACAGGAGAUCGAUAGAUCAAGAAAAGUGGGAUGCACUGGCUGUGGCUGAGGCGCUGUGAAAAGUCAACUCGGGGGACUGAAGCUGACCUUUGUUGGCUAACUCUCUGGGAGAACCUCCUCACGCAGCUAUUGCACUCAUAAAUGGAGACACGAACGCCAGCGCACCUAGACAGUGCAUCGACUACGUGCUACAGCCUGAGGAUUGUGCCAAGCAUCAAGGGCAACUACUGCCAGACUCUUAAUUUCUGUCAACAGAACGUGAACUGCUCUGGUGCUACUUUGGCAGCAUAAACUAAGACUUCACACGUUGGCCCUCUCUCCGUGUUGGGCGGUGUCGGAGACUUACCUGGAAGGAAAUUGCUAGAGCUGCUGUGAUGGUGAUGAACGAUCACUCUACGCAGUGCCGGCUGUGCUAUGGACAAGGAACGUACCGGAAGAAGGAAAUACCGCACAUUGUUCGCUUUCUUGCGAAGAAAUGUUGAUUCACUCGUUUAUAUCCCCACUAUCGGGAAAGUGACAGUUGUGCCUUCUCUAUGCUCUGUUUGAAGCCAUUAAAAAGAGCAUCAUUGUUCA